AUAACAGCCUAAGCAUUACGAAACUUCUAUUAGAUCAAAUAAGCCUCACGUAUCAAAAUAGAAAUGCAUUUUUUUAUAUUGACUAAAUUCGACACUAAAUGUCUCCCAUACAAAAACUCUUCACUUGCUUAAUAAUUAAUUAUUUGCUAAACGUGGAGAGAUUUUGGGCGGAGUAAACCUUCUCGUUUUGCCUCUUCCUCUCCGAUUUGGCUCAAAUAAGAAGAGGCGUGAACGUCGGGUGGCUUUGCUGUUGAACAGGUCAUGUCGGUAAAGAUGGAAAUGGAUGUCAGUGGCGUGUCCAGGACACCCAUCUCUGUUCUACCUGCUGCUGCAGAGGUCAAAGCCAUGCUGAAACCCGAUACAGGGGACAGGCCCCGCUGUGCCAGCACCCCCUGCUCCCCCAUCAAAAGUACUGUUUCAGGCUUCCAGAUUCUCCACAUGGACUCCAACUACCUAGUCGGCUUCACCACCGGCGAGGAGCUGCUAAAACUAGCCCACAAGUGGUCUCCCAACCCAGAGAAGACCCUUAUCACCACACCGACCACCACAACGUCAACAGCAUCAGAGGCCUUGCCCAGUUCUGUCCCCAAACCCAUGGACCUGGGCAUCCACCGGGCGUCGCGCAUCUACAAAACCAAAAACCGCUACUACCAGCCAUACGACAUCCCCGUGGUCAACGGGCGCCGGCGUAGGCGCAUGCCCAGCUCAGGUGACCCCUACCUCAGGCCCCUGUCCCAAGGGGAGGGUGGCCCAGGGAGGGCCCUGCCCCACGGCCCCCUGCCCCUCUGCCUUCUCAAGGGGAAGAAGGCCCAGUCCAAGUCCCUGGACUACCUCAACCUGGACAAAAUGAGUGUCAAGGAGCCUCCGGCCGACACAGAGGUGCUGCAGUUCCAGCUCCAGCACCUGACGCUGCGGAGCGAGCGCAUGUUCACCAGGAACAAGACAUGAAGCAACACCAGAGUCACCACCCGCCUGUUCUCUCAUCCACUUCCAUGGGAUUUGGGUGCUAUUUCCGGCUGUGCGUUUCUCUCCCUACUCAGAUCAUAGGAUAGUCCUUUAAGGGGACACUUGUGGAGACCACUAAUCUUGUUAUUAUUAUGAAGCGAGGGUGACAAACUAAGCGGGUCUCUUGACGAAAUGAGACGCAUGCUUACGUAUACGUAAAAAUCCAGUGAACACAAAUUGUUAAGUUAGUACACUGAAAACGGGGGUCGUUUAGAUACAAAAAUGUGAAGUUCGUCAGGAUUAGCAAUAACUGGUAAACGUAUUUAUUGACUGUGUGUGUGUAUGUGUGUGCGCGCGCACCUUUUUAAAAAUGGUAAGGGAUGUGUAACCAAUGCCUCUCCAACUGGCCCCUUUUUUUCUGCAUUGGACUGCACUGUUAGACAUAUUAUGUUUUUACAGACCUUGCAUCCUACAGCACACCUUUACUUUUUAACCACUAUACAUCCAUAGCAAUUAGCAUUAGCCGCAGCAGUACUGCACUCUACAUCCAUAGCAAUUAGAAUUAGCCCCAGCAGCACUGCACUCUACAUCCAUAGCAAUUAGCAUUAGCCCCAGCAGCACUGCACUCUACAUCCAUAGCAAUUAGCAUUAGCCCCAGCAGCACUGCACUCUACAUCCAUAGCAAUUAGCAUUAGCCCCAGCAGCACUGCACUCUACAUCCAUAGCAAUUAGCAUUAGCCCCAGCAGCACUGCACUCUACAUCCAUAGCAAUUAGCAUUAUCCCCAGCAGCACUGCACUCUACAUCCAUAGCAAUUAGCAUUAGCCCCAGCAGCACUGCACUCUACAUCCAUAGCAAUUAGCAUUAGCCCCAGCAGCACUGCACUCUACAUCCAUAGCAAUUAGCAUUAGCCCCAGCAGCACUGCACUCUACAUCCAUAGCAAUUAGCAUUAGCCCCAGCAGUACUGCACUUUACAUCCAUAACAAUUAGCAUAAGUUCCAGCAGUACUGCGCUAUACGUCCAUAGCAAUUAGCAUUAGCCAAAACAGUACUGCGCUAUACAUCCAUAGCAAUUAGCAUUAGCCCCAGCAGUACUGUAUGUAAGCUACUGUAUGUCUGUAUGUGUGUGGAUGUAUAGGGGCGGCAGGUAGCCUAGUGGUUAGAGUGUUAGACCAGUAACCGAAAGGUUGCAAGAUCAAAUCCCCGAGCUGACAAGGUAAAAAAAAAGUCUGUCAUUCUGCCCCUGAACAAGACAGUUAACACAACUGUUCCUAGGCCAUCAUUGUAAAUAAGAAUUUGUUUCUUAACUGACUUGCCUAGUUAAAUAAAGUUUUUUUUUUAAUGUGAAAGCUCACUCCGCUACACUACUAUUUUGCUCUUGCCAAGCACCAGGGAAAUGUGGGUUUAAUGUAAACCACUGACUGUUACACAAUCAAAAGGUUAUUUAAAACAGAAUCCUGUAAAGGGGCAAUCUGCAGUUACUGCAUCCAUUUUUGGACUUAUAAAUUGAUGAUACUCAUUGAUUCUUGAAGAAUAUAACUUUUAAAUGCCUCAUGAGCUUUACUUGAACUGUCGUAGCCCAUCAGAACUUAAAAUAUAUGCUUGUUUUACUCCACUGUUUCUAAACAGUAAAUAUAAACAAACACUAUAUAUAUAUCCUCAAAACAUGGUUAAAACUAUAAUUUUCCUAUCAUUGGUGGUCAGUCCUUGCAUUCAUAUCUAUGAAUUUGAGUGUGGUUACAUUUCUACAGCCUCAUCCCUCCGCUUUUUACCGAAACGGGGGCGGGGGAAACGCUUUGUUAUUGCUUCAACUGCUGAUUGCUGCUCUAAGAGGAUUUGUGGGGGAGAGGCUUACCGUCAGAGUGCCUGAGGUGAGAUUAGCUCCUUAUAUACAGAAUUAAUCCCCUCUCUCCAUUUCUCCCAGUCAGACUGAAUCCUCAGCAGGGGUGAGGAGUUGAAUUAGGAGAUUCCAGAUUUUCUGCAUCUAGACAUUGUGUCCAUCAUUCUGAAUCACAGUCAUUCUUUUCAUUUUCAUUUCCUGAAUGGGAGGGAUGGGUGUUUUAGCCUGGGUAAAAGGUUAUCAAUUUAGUUUGAUGUUUUUGCUACCCCUUCAUAAAGGUGUGUAGAGCACGUGAAACACGUACCGUAGCUAUGGAAACCAAAGGAGGAUUAUUUUGGGGUGCCCUGGGAAAACUUGACCACAUUGUAAUAUGAUCUAUUUGGGGUUUCGUAGGACACGUGACAAUCAUUUUGAGGCGUAAUCUUGGAGAACACCUUACUUGAAGUAGCCCUGACCUAAUGCCCUCAUAACAAAAUCAUUUGCAUGAUAUAAAUUAUCUGAUAGUCUCUUACCAAUGACAAUUUACCUAUCAUAAGCCAUAUGACAUGCAAUUGUAACUAUACACUGAGUGAACGAAACAUUAAGGACACUUUACUAAUAUUGACUUGUCAACACAUGACAGUAAAGUGCACCAUCUCAUGACUAUACAAUUCUGGUCUUUCUGAAUACUGUAAUUCACCAAUUGUGACAUUUUUUGGAAAGAUCACCUUCCUUUCCUCCAGACAUGCAAAACUACAGCUAGGCAGGGUAUUGGUCCAGACAUUUACACUGAGUGUACAACAUAUUAAGAACACCUUCCUAAUAUUGAGUUGCGCCCCCUUUUGCCCUCAGAACAGCCUCAAUUCGUUGAGGGUGUGGACUCUAGAAGGUGUCAAAAGCGUUCCACAGGGAUACUGGCCCAUGAUGACUCCAAUGCUUCCCACAGUUGUGUCAAGUUGGCUGGAUGUCCUUGGGGUGGUGGACCAUUCUUGAUACACACGGGAAACUGUUAAGCGUGGAAAAACCCAGCAGCGUUGCAGUUCCUAACACAAACCGGUACACCUGGCACAUACUACCAUACCCCAUUUAAAGGCACUUAAAUCUUUUGUCUUGCCCAUUCACCCUUUCAAUGGCACACAUACACAGUCCAUUCCUCAAUUGUCUCAAGGCUUAAAAAUCCUUCUUUAAUCUGUCCCCUCCCCUUCAUCUACACUGAUUGAAGUGGAUUUAACAAGUUACAUCAAUAAGGGAUCUGUCUGUCAUGAAAGACCAGGUGUUCAUAAUGUUUUGUACACUCAGUGUACAUGUAUAUGCCAUAUCAUGCUUUAUAUGGUUUGGUGUGACUUUCAAAUUCUACUAUUAUGGGUUUAAGCUCUUUUUCAUCAUGCUUCUCUUUUCCACGCUAACCUCUUUGUGUCAUAGGACAAGAAAAUAACCUCCAAAAACCAUACAAGGAAAUAUUUUCAAAGUUAGGAAGUGCACAUCCAUCUCCUCCAUUGUGUUUGUGUCAGUGUAGUUUGAGUAAAAGGUUAUUGGACCCUUCUAGAUGGUUCAUGGGUUAGGGUUAGUCACCUGUCUGUCUUCACUCUGAAAUGGGUUUACAGAAAUUGCUUAAUCUGUAUUUCCAUUAAAAAAAAGGUGUUUAAUGUAACUAUAUCAUUAUUUAUUUUUUAUAUCAUUUUUUAUUUCUAGUUGUAAUUUAUCUGAAGUCAUGGAAGAUAUUGGUUUCAUAUAAAAAUGGCAGUAUGUUGCAUAUAGGCUAUGUUUACCUGGAGUGGACACUUAAAGGCACCUUAACCCGAUGUAUGAACGGUGAUGUGUACUUAUUUAAGGGUGCAGAUCACAACAGCAGCUAAAGAUAAAAACUCUUAACGGUGAUAUGUUUUCACCAAACACUUGGAAAUGUUCUUUGGUGAAAUAUAUUCGGUAUUAUCAAUAACCGUCAACAAUUUGCUCACAGAUGUGACUGUGUUUGCAGUGAAUUUUUGGUGGCUUCUUAGUUGUGAUGUUUAGAAUGUGUUGAUUUAACAGUUUAACCUUAACAGUGUUCGUACCGCAUCAUAUUAAUAGUAUACAGUAGAAAUUAACAGUUUUACUUUGGCCAUCAUGAAGGAAAAUGCUACUUGAACAACACAUGUUUUAAUAUGCCAUACAAUGCAAGAUAUUGUAAGACUGUGUCAGUUCUAAACAGGAAUAUCCAAUGCAUUAUGGGAAUUAAUAAUAGACUACAGUAAUUCUGGACUGAGAUGCCCGUUUAAUAGAGCAUCUCCAUUGAACAUGGUUUUUAGGCCAGGACUGUUCUUAAUCUGUGAUCUGGAAACCGGCCCUCGAUGUUCACAGUAAAGCAUUGUCUUCAUGAUUACAAUGUGGGUUGAAACGUGAUAUUUUCCUGCAUGACCAUUAACCACAACAAUGGAACAAGGAAGUUGCAUCGCAGGUCAACAGUGCUUUUCAGUGACUCAUUUUGACUUCAUGUUCAUAGGCUUGUGUGGAACUUUGUCAUUUUAUUCCUACAAAAGGUUUUUGACUUUCUGGUCAAAUCUUUCACACCGCUUGUAUACUGUAGUUUUAGCUACGUAAAAGCAUUUGUUUUGUUUUCUACUGUGUCUAUUUAUGCCCUGCAAUGCGACUGACUUACGUUUUAUUAUCUUUCACUUGACAUUGUUAUUAAAACACUACUACGCUA